AUGGCCAAGGAAAAGUCUGAAGAGACUGUGAAGGCUUUUAUUUCUGAGGACCCGAACUCGAGGUACACCUUCGACAGCGAGCGGGACGCGCAGCAGUCUGAGCUUUGUCGAGAAGGGGACAAGCUGAGUCGAAAGUGCAUCAUGAUUCAGAUGCACUCGACUCGACUUUUCCAAGCCAUGCAGGAGCAAGGAUUCUUUUGUGCAUUGCCAAUGGACCCUAGCAGAACGCACAUGGAUUGCAAGCGUAUACCCAAGUCAUGA